UCAUAGUUCAACGUUCAGGUGCACAGGCUGUGCACAGGGGUUGCGACUUACCAUCAUCAUCUACGCACCGUAAAUUCGAACAGAAUGUCAUCUGGAGGCACACAAUCACCACCUCUUGAAUAUACAGGCUCACAUAUCCCUAUGGGGGUUUCUUCCAUCGAUGGUAGUGUCUCGGAGCCAAUGUUGGAUGCGGAGCAACGAAAGAGUGCGUAUCAUCCAACACGACUGUUGUAUCCCUAUUCAAUUUUGAACAUUUUAGCCUACUUUGCUGAGCCAGAGUUGGUGAGUUCAUUACCGAGAGCAGCGGGGAUGCACGUAAUCAUCAGUUGACUCUCCCACCAGAAAGAACGUGGAGGAAUUAAGGAGACAGGGAAAGAGCAAA